AUGGGUGGAAUUUGGGAGGCUGCUGUCAAAACCGCCAAAGGUCAUCUUAAGAGGGUUAUAGGCAAAACAUUAUUAAAUUUUGAUGAAAUGAGCACUUUGUUGGCAAUGAUCGAAAGCUGCAUGAACUCACGUCCCUUAACCCCUCUUUCCAAUGACCCGAAUGAUCUCAACGCCUUGACGCCCGGACACUUCUUGAUUGGUGCCCCCCUGAUCGCCGCUCCGGAACCCAACCUCUUGGACGUGCCCUGUAAUCGCCUCACCCGUUACCAACUGGUGGAACAACUACGGCAACACUUUUGGCAAAGAUGGUCUAGGGAGUACUUGCACACUUUACAACAGCGAUGCAAGUGGAAUCGUUUACCGGCCCGUCAACCUGCACCAGGAGAUCUCGUCAUCCUCAAAGAGGACAACACUCCACCGUUACAAUGGCCCCUCGCUAGGAUUACUGCAUUACAUCCCGGGCAGGACGGUCAAUGCAGAGUGUUAAGUGUAAAAACUGUGCGCGGAGUAACUGCUUGUAAAAGCACAAGCAGUUGGGAAUCAACAAAUAUUCCCCAACAAACGCAGUUCGAAAAACUGAAGACGUCAAAAAUUGAAAAAUCUAAAAAGAGAUAA